UGAAGUGUCACCACCGCAAUACAGACGAACGGAAGACAGGUCGUUCUCCUCCACGGGAAAAAGCUCGUGAAGCAGCGCUUUAAAACGAGCCCAGCAGCUUAAUGAAGGCUAACGUCAGAUCCCCGGCAAAGGCGGACUGAAACUGGGCUCUUUAAACCCAUUGCGCAGCGUUUCUUGACCGUAUCCAUCAGAAACAUUUACGUCAAACUUCUCACCAGACCGAGACCUCACUAUAGAUAUCAUGGAAUAGAGGGACGUCGAGAGAAGACAGGCAACAAAAAUUGACGUUUUCUCCUGAAAAACGGUAGAGCGAAAGAAACUGGUCCGUAUAAAAUCACCAUCGAGCUCUGUAGUGGAUUGAAAGCAGGGGCUGAACAUGUCUGUACCGAAUGUCUUGGCGAAGGCCCUGUAUGACAAUGUGGCGGAGUCUCCAGAUGAGUUGUCCUUUCGGAAAGGGGACAUCAUGACCGUUCUGGAGAGGGACACGCAGGGUUUGGACGGCUGGUGGCUGUGUUCGCUGCACGGCCGUCAAGGAAUCGUCCCUGGCAAUCGGCUGAAAAUCCUUGUGGGCAUGUAUGAUAAGCAACAACAGCAGCAGUUACAGCAGGCAUCGGGUCAGUCCAGCCCAACCCAGAGCCUUCUCAACCUGCCUCAGAGUGCCUACAACAAGCCCACCCCUGCCUCCCAGUACACAGCAAUGCACCCUGCCUUCCCCUCCUCCAGCUCUGCCAACUCAUCCAUGCCUGACAACGUCUACAUGCUCCCUCCAAACCAUGGCCUGCCGGCCCCUUCCAGCCUCUACCAGGUGCCUACAGGCCCCCAAACUCCCCAACCCAAAGCCCCCGCUUUAGCACAGAAGCAAGGCCACGGACAGUACUCCCCCUCUCCGCAGGAUAUCUACCAGGUGCCGCCCUCCAUUAACGUUCCGGGACAGGACAUCUACCAGGUGCCGCCCACAGUAGGAGGCCUGUGUCCUGGACAGGACGUGUACCAGGUGCCGCCCUCUGUGAACCAGACGCAAGACAUUUACCAGAUUCCUCCAUCAAUAGAGAGGAGCUGGGACUCUCCCAAACCCAUUGGAAAGGUGGUUGUUCCCACACGUGUUGGCCAGGUAUAUGUGUACGACACAGGGAAGAAUGAACAGGAUGAAUAUGACGUCCCCAGACACCUCCCAUCCACCCAAGACAUCUAUGAUGUGCCACCUAUCCGCACUCAAUACAACCAGCAGGUGUACGAUACUCCCCCCAUGGCUAUGAAAGGCCCACCUAGCAGAGAUGGACAGGAGAUCUAUGAUACACCACCUAGUGUGGACAAGAUUCAGCUGCACUACCAACAAACGGUAUAUGACAUUCCCCCAUCUGUCAGCAAAGAUGUUCCAGAUGGUCCAAUCAGAGAGGAAACAUACGAUGUUCCUCCUCACUUCGCUAAGAUGAAUCAGAACCAGGCCUAUCUGUCUCAGAUCCCCGGAGGUCCUGAGCCUCCCAUACCAGAAGACGUUUAUGAUGUCCCUCCUCCUCAGCUAACAGGAAAACGCCAGCAGCAAGGUCAGGAGAUCUAUGACAUCCCCGCCAGUCUUCGCAAGGGCAGCCCACAGGACCACCACCCCGGAGAUGUGUACGAUUUCCCCCGCGAACGCCCAACGGGUGAAGAAUCGAAUGACUACGUGUACGAUGUGCCUCCACAGGUGGUGCGUGAUGCUGCGGCCACCGAGGAGCUUACGGUGAGCUUUAAGCGGCUCUCUGCGUCCAGCACGGGAAGCACUCGCAGUAACCAUUCGACAUCUUCUUUGGACAUGGUGCCGGUGAGGGACUCUUCUGGACCCGGCCGCCUGCUGCUUCUCGAUCUGGACCAGGCCAUGGAGCGGUUGUCCCGUCUACAGCAGGGUGUGGAGAGCUCGGUGUCUGUCCUCAUGUCCUUCAUCAGCGGGAACUGGCGUAGCUCUACUCAGAUGGAGUCCAACCUCCCCACCAUCAGACAGGCUGUGGAACGCAUUCGAGUGGCCGUCAGGGACCUCCUGGAGUUCUCCAGGGGUGCCGUGGCCAAUGCCACCCAGGCCACCGACCGCACGCUACAGACCAAGCUAGGGAAGCAGCUGCAGAAGAUGGAGGAGACCUUCCAAGGUCUGGUGAAGUACACGCAGGCGCUAGACUCCCUAGGGUGGUCCCCAGCAGCCCUCAUGGCACCCCCUGCAGGCUCAGGUGGGGACGAUUUAGAUCGUUUGGUGAUUUGUGCCCGUGGCGUGCCAGAUGACACCAAGCAGUUGGCGUCAUUCCUCCAUGGCAACGCUUCUUUGCUCUUCAAACGGACAAAUAAGCAGCAGCAGCUGCCGUUGCCGCCUGUACCGCAUACGGGUGACAUGAUGGGUCAGCUGACCAACAACAAUAACAUCUCAGCCUAUCAGUCAGGCACACCCGAACGGGCUAACAUCCAGUCACGGCCGCUACCCUCCCCUCCGAAAUUCACGGCUGAGGAAGGGACUCCAGACAGGCCAUAUGAGACGACAGAGGAGGGAUGGAUGGAGGACUAUGACUAUGUGCAUUUACAGGGUAAAGAAGAGUUUGAAAAGAACCAGAGACAUCUGUUGGAAAAGGGGAGCAUCAAGCAAAAUAAAAUAGUGCUGGAACAGCAACAGUUAAAGCAGUUUGAAAGACUAGAGCAGGAGGUCUCCCAACCAAUCAACAACGACAUCUCAGGCUGGACCCCGCCCUCUCAAUACCCACAGACGCCGCGCAGUAAGCUGUGUAUGGGCGACCGGCAGCUUUUGCUCUUUUACAUGGAGCAGUGCGAGGCAAACAUCACCACGCUCACCAACGCCAUCGACGCUUUCUACUCCUCCGUCAACAACAACCAGCCCCCCAAGAUAUUCGUCGCCCACAGCAAGUUCGUCAUCCUCAGCGCUCACAAGCUUGUUUUCAUAGGAGAUACGCUCUCCAGGCAAGCCAAGUCUCCUGACGUGCGCACCAGGGUGGCCCAGCACAGCAACACGCUCUGUGACAAGCUCAAAGACAUUGUGGUGAGCACCAAAACCGCAGCCCUGCAGUAUCCCUCGCCGGGUGCUGCCAGAGACAUGACAGAGAGGGUGCGGGAGCUCGCAGGAUGCACCCAACAGUUUCGCAUGGCACUUAGUCAGCUACUGGCUAUGUGAGUUCAGGGGUGAAUGGACUCGGGGACAGUAUAUGUACAGAGCCUCUUUAAGACUCUUUGGAGAAACGUACCCUGCUUUUUCUUAACAAAAAGGACAAAAAUGAUGAAUGGGCAGAGCCAUCGGUUGUAAAUGAAUCAUUGUACAUAUUUAAGUUUUGAUGUCGGGGAUACUGUAAUGCAGAUGGUGGAGGAAUUUUUUGAACAGAUGAGGAGAGUGAGAAGGAAAAUAUCUAAAAUAGUAGUUUUAAGACAUUAUGCUUUAUCAUAGCUAUACUGUAAUUAUUGCUCUGAUUGUUAUAAAUGUCAUCACUAUUAUGAGAUGUUGACUAAAGGUGUUUAAACAUUUUCAGGUGUAUGUAGAAAUACAACCAUUUACAAAACAAGGCUUUUUCUUGAAUCAUGCCUGCUGGAAGAAAAAAAGGCGCAGAUGUGUAUCCACUUGCUGUUACUGUUUUUAAAGAGACUGUGAUAGUGUCAACGCCGAGCAUGCUGGGAGUGAGCUGACUGGCAGACAGAAAAGACAUUCUUCAUAUUUCAUUGGAGAUUUGAACCCAAACUUUCCAGUGCAAAGUCAUUGACGUCUAUGGAUAACUAAUAAUUCAAAUCCAUUUUUGAAAAAAUCGUUUUGUUUUAAAAAGCUCAUGAUAAAGUGUCAGUUCCCUUUAUUUUUAUAAGGUCUAUCAGUGGAUAGAUAGUUCCUAUUCCUCCCACGUUCCCUUUGGCAUGUCCUACACUAUUUCGUUGUUUUAUACUCAGUUGUGGGCGGUCCUUCAACUUAAAGCCGAUAGCGCGGAUACCUGCUGGACAGGUGCAUUGUGGCAACAAGGUCCUUGGUUUCACUGAUAUCCUCUCAAUUUAUUGUACAGUUUCUCAUCAGUGUGUUCGAGAAGUAUUUGCUUUCCUUCUUUAGAAACGCUUACUUUCUUUAUUCAUACAGAGGCUUUCAGUGCACACAUUUGAAAUAAACCUAAAACCAGCUUGUCUUAA